GAAGCACCCGGUCCACGCGCAUCCCGGUCGGCUCACACACCUGGUUCAUCCCGCAGGAGGGCAGCUGGUUCAGGGGCUCCGGGCUCUCUGGAGGAAUUCCAGCAUUGAGCCGUGUUUUGAGUACUCCUGCUGUCCUGGUUCAUGGGAAGGCCUGACUGCUCCCCCACAGUGAGACCUGCACAUCCCCACAUCCACACUGACAGGACUCCCAGAGAUGUCUGCAUCUUCAAGAAGUCAGAUUUGAAAGGGGCAGCAGAGGACCUCCUGUGGGCAGAAAUCAUGUAUUUGAACAACAGGAAUAAUAACAUCAACACAGAGAGAAGCAAAAAGAAUAUGAGAGGCAAAACGUGGGCUCACUUGAAGACGACCCCGCGUCCGGAGGAGAAGUUCACCAUGACGUCCCAAAAAGCGUUGAGAAAGGUGGAGGCGGACGAGAACACGACGGAGGAGAAGGAGGCGAUGCAGCGCACUGCGUUUGGGAAAGCAUUUUAUGACCUGAGCCACUCGGAGAGGGUGAUGAAUGAUCUGACGUUUGGACGGCGGGUGGGGCUUUACGAGCUGAGGGGAGAGAUCGGCUCUGGAAACUUCUCCCAGGUUAGAUUGGGGAUACAUGACCUGACCAAAGAAAGAGUGGCAGUCAAAAUCCUGGAUAAGAAUCAUGUGGACGAGCAGACUCAAGCGCUUUUCGAGUCAGAGAUCUGUUGCAUGGUGAAGCUGGCUCACCCCAACAUAGUGCGCCUGUACGAGGUGAUGGAGACGUUCAAGCGCCUCUACCUGGUGAUGGAGUACGCCAGUGGAGGAGAGCUGUUCUCCCGUAUCAGCACCAGGGGGCGCCUGUCGGACCUGGAGAGCAAGCUUGUGUUCUCUCAGGUCCUGUCGGCAGUGAAACACAUGCAUGAUAACAACAUUGUACACAGAGACCUGAAGGCGGAGAAUGUCUUCUACACCAGCACCUACUGCAUUAAAGUGGGGGACUUUGGUUUCAGCACGUUCAGCCGGCCCAAUGGCGUCCUUCACACGUUCUGCGGCUCCCCGCCCUACGCAGCCCCGGAGCUCUUUACAGAAGAAGGUUACGUCGGUCAGAAUGCAGAUAUCUGGGCGCUGGGUGUCUUGCUUUACUUCAUGGUGACUGCAUCAAUGCCGUUCAAGGCUGCAAACUCAAAUAUGCUGAGGUGUUGCAUCCUGCAGGGCGCGUAUGUCAUUCCCCCGUUUGUUCCCAGAACAUGUCAGGAGGUCAUCAGGGGUCUGCUGAGGCCGGUUCCUGCGGAGCGCCUCACUCUGGCAGACAUCAUGGACAGUCAGUGGAUGACAGGCGUUGAAUACCCCCGGCCCUACCAAGCUUGUGCCCCAACACCCUCCCACCUGGUCGAGCCUUCCCAUAACCUCAGCUCAGAUGAACUGCACGUGAAGGCGGCGCUGGAGGAUCUUGGCAUCACCAAGGCCCAUCUCCUCAACAACAACCUAGACUUGAGAAGCCCUGUUACCGGGGCUUACAGGAUUCUGCUUCACCGCGUCCAAAAGAGGAGGUCCGUGGAAGCUGUGGGCUUCAGACGGACGGGCACCAAAGAGUCCGAGAACAGACUCAGGUGGAGAGCAGGUUCAGAGGGAAUGCUCAACAAACACCAAUCUGUAGUGUGUAGCACCAUGUAGUUAAACUUUAUUAAAGCAAUAUUUCUACAUAUUGGGAGCCCAUUUGCCUUUUUAUUUUAGAGUUUAAUGAGAACGUAACACUCAUUACUGUUAAAGCCACUAGAAAUGGAACUGAAAUAGAAUUAAUGUAAAUAUAAUGUCAACGUUAAGAGUCUGAUAGAGCAGAAACCUAUUAGAAAACCAUGUUCAAAAACAUCUUAUUCAGCCGUUUUACUUUGGACUGAUUUUACUGUUAGGCCGUUUUUCAAGACUGUGAAGAUCAUGGUUUGAAUUUGAAAGGUGCCACACUCUGACAACAACAAUGGCAGGUAAGAUCCAAAGGCAAUUUAAGACCCUUUUUUAGAUGUGCUGGAGCACUCCUUAAUUUCAUCUCAGCAUCCCUGAAAUUCUAACAGCAAUAAAUAAUAUUAUUAUCCAAAACCAGUUUAGUUCUCUUGUGUUUUACCAGCCUUUCUUUUACAGACAGUUAAAAACCAUCAUGGUUUCAAAAAGCUUUAUUUAGAAGGUUUGAGGGUGCCGUGUAGCCUAGCGGUUAUGUGGCAUACAUCAUGUACAGAGGCUGUCGUUCUCCAGACGGGCAGGCCGGUUCGACUCUGACAUGCGGCUCCUUUCCAGCAUGUCUACUCUUAGCCACUGUGCUAUCAAGAAACAAGACAUAAUAAAGCCGUAAAAAGUAUUAAAAUGAAUAUUCUCGACAUAGUCAUGGUGUUAAGGACUCCAGUUCAGUAGGUGGCUACAUGUUGUUUUAAAGGUUGCACUCUGCUACAUUAGUAAGGAAAAUAGAAGUAGUAAAAACAUACUUCAAGGAGCUGAAAAUAAAUACUAGUGGCCUCUGCCUAAGUUAAAAAGAGAGCAAAUCAAAUGUUCUCACAGAGACCGCUAGAUCUGAUGGGUUUUAUUUGUUUGACUUAAAGUUUCUGGUUGAGGUUGGCAUCAAUCCUUCAUCAGGAAGUCAGUGACUUUCUUUCACACUGAUGGUGGCUUGAUGCUGAAACGCAUCAAAAGUUUCAGAUUCUGAUGACCUUGCCAUGAAGAUAAAGGUAUUUAAGUGUUUAAAUGAAUGUGCCUGGAAGUUAUUCUUCUAUUACAGCAUGUAUCCCAAGAGAGCAUCUCAACCUUACAUUAUUUCUGUGUACAGGAAGCGCUCCUUCAAGUUUGUUUUUUGAAGACAUGUCAUUCUAAAAGUGAUAUGUUAUUUCAGGGAAGAACAUUUCGUGCAAAUGCAAGUCACUGGAAAGGAGCGUAGACCCAGAAAACAAGCUGUGGACUGUACUUGGCACUCAUUGGCUGCUGAAAUAAGAUCCUCGUUUUUACAGGGUAGAUGCAUUUAAACUAACUCAGCAUGAAAGAAAUGUCAUAUGAGGGCUCAAGAGGAAUUUCGAAAUAUCUAAAUUAUAUGGAAGUGUUUUUUUACGAUUGAAAUGUCAGAUUAGUGUGGGAAAUAAUCAGGGUAUUUUUUAAGAUACAAUUUAGUGUUUUAUUUUGCAAGAUUGCCGUCUGCUUUACAAAGUACAUCUCAUCUGUGAUGACAUUUUAAUGAGAUUUAAACUUUUACUAGUUUUUCAUCUUUCGUCAAACCUCCAUUUAUAUUUUAUGCUCUUUCAUAACUCCUGGUGGUAACGUUUGUUCCUAUUAAACAUUUUUAUUGAUGAAACUUUUAAAAGGGACUCAUUUUCAAUACACAAAGUCUGCAGCUAUUAGCAGUGCAGAGGACACAUUUUAAC